UGGGCACAGGUGGGUGCAUUGCUGGGCACAGGUGGGCGCACUGCUGGCAUAGAAGUGGGCGCAUUGCUGGGCACAGGUGGGUGCACUGCUGGGCACAUUGGGUGCAUUGCUGGCACAGGUGGGCGCAUUGCUGGGCACAGGUGGGCGCACUGCUGGGCACAAGUGGGAGGAAAUUGUGUGUGGCACAGGUGGAAACCGAUCAUCAGGGCACUGAUGAUCAGUGACCCUGAUGAUCGGUGCCGAUCCCUGUUCUGACAACUGCCGGUUUUCGGCAGUACUUUCCUCACGAUCUGACAGCGUGAGGAAAGUGCAGCCGAGAACCGGCAUUUGCAU